AUGUUUACGGGAGGAUGUGCGGGAGGAUGAGGUGUUUUAUUUGUCUCGUAUUUGUUUAGAAAGUUAAAAAAAAAAUUAAAAAUGUUACAACGAUUAAUUUACAAUAGUUUUGAACUAAAAAUAUCUCGGAAAAAUACACAGUUUCUGUUCAAUAUUCCGACCAGAGCUCCUUUGUGUCAGCAGUGUGGAUCCAGGUUAUACUCUCGGUAUAAGGUGCCAGUUGUACGAAAUUAUUAUGAAAGAACCUUCCAUAACAGACAUGGAUUAUUCAAUUAUAAGUUGCGGUACUACACAACUCAGGUGGACGCUCAGAAGAAGAACGAACAUAUUGAAAGUGUGAAAGAAAAAAAUCCAUUAGAAACUACGAAAAAGAUCAAUGUCAAAUUAAAGACAUCAGAACUGAAACGUUUAUUUACAUUAGCAGAACCUGAAAAAUGGACUCUUGCUGGUGCUAUUGGCUUCCUUAUAAUAUCAUCUAGUGUUACUAUGGCUAUUCCGUUUUCACUGGGUCAAGUGCUGGACAUCAUAUACAGCAGUACAAGCGACCUGGCUUCAGCCCGUGAGAAGCUUGACACACUGUGUCUGAUGCUGUGCGGAGUGUUCCUUGUGGGAGGCCUCUGUAACUUUGGCAGGGUAUAUUUAAUGUCCAUAUCAGGUCAAAGAAUGACCCAGUCACUAAGAAGACAAGUAUACGGAGCAAUAAUGCGCCAAGAGGCUGCUUGGUUUGGUAAAACCUCUACUGGAGAGCUAGUCAACAGGUUGUCGGCAGACACACAGCUGGUUGGCCGAAACCUCAGUCAGAAUGUCAGUGAUGGUUUACGCUCACUGUUCAUGGUUGGAGCUGGCACAGGCAUGAUGUUCUACAUGUCACCAUCACUGGCUCUCGUUGGGUUAUGCGUGGUCCCACCAGUGUCAAUGCUGGCCGUCAUAUACGGAAGAUUCGUGCGAGGCAUCACGAGGCAACUGCAGGAUUCUCUGGCUGAAGCUAGUGAGUUGGCCGAAGAAAAGAUUUCAAACAUAAAGACUGUGAAAGCAUUUAGUAAGGAAGAGGCCGAGUGUGAAACUUAUGGGCAACGAAUUGAGAACUUACUCAAAUUGGCUUAUAAAGAGUCUUUGGCCGUCGGUAGUUUCUACGGGAUGACGGGACUCGCAGGGAACACUAUUAUAAUCCUGGUUCUAUACUACGGAGGUGGUAUGGUUGCCGCCGAACAGCUGACUGUUGGCAAUCUGACGUCAUUCCUUCUGUAUGCGGCCUAUGUGGGCAUCAGUAUAGGAGGACUUAGCAGCUUUUAUACGGAACUGAACAAAGGAGUUGGGGCAGCUACCAGGCUUUGGGAUAUCAUUGAUAGAGUUCCUGCUAUUCCUGUUUCAGGUGGUUUAAGACCAGAACAGAAACCUAAAGGCGAAUUAAUAUUAGAAAACGUAUUUUAUUCGUACGUCGACGCUCCAUUAUUGAAAGGAGUGAACCUACACCUUUUACCCGGAAAGUCGAUUGCUCUAGUCGGGAGGUCCGGUUGUGGUAAAAGUACUAUAGCGUCGCUUAUAAUGAGGUUAUAUGACCCGGAUAAGGGCAGAAUAUUGCUGGAUGGGGUGGAUAUUAGAGAACUGGAUCCCGUAUGGCUGAGGAGUCACAUUGGUUUUGUUAGUCAGGAACCGGUAUUAUUCAGCGGGACAAUAAAGGAGAAUAUAUUAUAUGGCGCUUUGGAUGAGGAUCUUAAAGAAGAGGCAGAGCCGUCCUGGAUGGUAGCGGCAAGGACUGCUCAUUUGAGUGAACUAGUGGUGGGCUCACAUGAAGGGUUCAACCGGCAGGUCGGAGCGAGAGGCGGCCAACUAAGCGGCGGACAGAAGCAGAGAGUUGCUAUAGCACGGGCUAUUGUUAAGAACCCGAGAAUUCUUAUCUUAGACGAAGCUACCUCAGCCUUAGAUGCUUACUCCGAAUUCUUGGUCGACAAAGCCUUGAAGGAGAUCAGCAAAGAUAGAACAGUUCUCACCAUAGCUCAUAGGCUUAGCACCAUACAGUCCGCAGACGAAGUUGCAGUCAUGGAGAACGGUGUUAUCGUAGAAAAAGGCCCCUACCCAGAACUUAUUAUGAAACCAGGCGGUUUCUUCAAGGAACUCAUCAACCACCAAACAUUUGUCAAGAAAAAACGAGAACAACAUGAUGCUCAAAAGAAUUAAACUGUACCAAGACAAUUUGCAAGCGUUGUAAAUGUAAAAGAAGUAGUUUAAUUUAUUUUUAAAUAUUUGUUUUCUUACUGGUUAGUUCGUGAUCAAUGUACUAAUGUAUGUUGAGUUAUCAUUGAAACUGCGUUUUCGAUAGUGGGUAGUAAAAACCUGCUUUAUUACUAUUAUUAUAUACACAAUUAUUUCCUGUUAUUAGUUAACUGAUGUUUAUAAAUAAUAGAAAAAAAAUAGUAAAAAUGUUUUGUAAAUAAACGUAUUGUGCUAUUUAUCAGUGGCUCAGGGAACAAGAUUUCAUAAGGAUUAAAUAUAAUCCAAAAAUGUGUGCAAUAAUAAAGUAUGUACUCUUUAUAUUAUUUGUCUGUUUACAAAGGAAUGCCUUACGAUGUCGUGUUCAUGUGUGUGUAUCCCUUUGCCGCUGCUUUUUAUCCUGAAUAAGUUUGUGAUAAUUAUAUAGGUGAUAGUGUAUUUUAUUUUAUGCUGUGGCACGGAACAAAAUGCAAUAAUAAAUAAUUUGGGCUAUGUGUUCAAAAUGGAAUGUCGAAUUGUUACAUAAUUUAUUAAAUUUUAUCUGGUAAGGUUUAUAAAUCAUAGAGUGACAAACGGGUAAAGGAAUAUUUUUGUCUGACACAAAUAAAAUGGUUGUUGUUAUUUUAAAA